CUGGCAGAUGCCACCCUUUUGACGGAAAGCGAGCAGAACUCCAUCCCACUCUUCCUCGGCCGCAUCGGUCGGUAUGCCGCCACCUUCUACCAACCCCUUCUCCAAUCCAAAACCCUAGGCCCCCUUCUCCAUCCCCUCUCCUUUCAUUCCGCUACCCCAAUCCCCAUGUUUUCCUUCGCAUUCAAUACUUCCCUCGCCGGCCGAGCCGGUGUGCUCAUCCACACGCAGGGACAUACUAAACUGUGCUGGCCACACCACAUCCGCGGGCCCAAUGCUUGUCCUCCCUUCAGAACAUCUCGUUUCCCACUUCAAUCCGGCCGUGGCCGCCAGAAUUCUCACGGCUUCGGUACAUUCUUCCCCUUCUGGUGUAAAAGGGUCGAGCUUUCGCCCGUCGUCCGCAGUUUUGAUUCCGAUGGAAGAAAGGAGAUUCCUCUGGAUGAGAGAGCUCGAGUUUUUGGGGUUCUUGGUUCCCUUGGGUUUGGUUCUGUGGUUGCGAUGAUUGCCUGCGGGAUGCUUGUCGCAAGGUCCUGCAGAUCUCUUGCCGCAGAGGGAGUGGUGGAUUCUGGCGUUGCGGCCUUUGGUUCGGAGAAAGCGGUUCCUAUGGUGGUGUGGCCGAAGUUGUUUCAGGUUCUUAAUGUGCUUAGAGAGCAAGGUUUAGUAUUGGCUGCGUUGCUGGGACUUUCUGCUUUCUUUUCUUUGGCAGAAACUGCAAUCACGACUCUGUGGCCAUGGAAGGUUCGUGAAUUGGCUGAGAAGGAUCCAGAAAAUGGUGUCUUCAGACUGCUUCGAAGUGAUGUUACUCGUUUCCUGACAACGAUUCUCAUUGGCACAACUGUGGUCAAUAUUGGUGCUACAGCACUUGUUACGGAUGCAGCAACUGCAAUUUUUGGAGAAGCUGGAAUUAGUGCAGCAACAGGGGUUAUGACAGUUGCUAUUUUGUUGCUAACAGAAAUUACACCAAAAAGUGUUGCUGUUCAUAAUGCCACAGAGGUAGCUAGAUUUGUUGUCAGACCAGUAGCAUGGCUAUCAGUGGUCCUGUAUCCUGUUGGACGGAUUGCCACUUUUCUUUCGAUGGGAAUCUUAAAAAUGCUAGGUUUAAAAGGCAGAAGUGAACCUUAUGUGACUGAAGAUGAACUAAAACUGAUGCUAAGAGGAGCAGAACUAAGUGGAGCAAUAGAAGAGGAAGAACAGGAUAUGAUUGAAAAUGUCUUAGAGAUAAAAGACACACAUGUCAAAGAGGUAAUGACACCUCUAAUUGAUGUAGUUGCAAUAGAUGCAAGUGCGAAGCUUAUUGAUUUUCAAAAGCAAUGGGAGACACAUCAAUACUCUAGGGUACCUGUUUUUGAGGAGCGUAUAGAUAAUAUUGUGGGCAUUGCAUAUGCAAUGGACAUGCUGGAAUAUGUUGAAAAGGUUGACAAGCUGCAAGAAUCCACUGUAAAGGAGAUUGCUCACAAGCCAACAUACUUUGUUCCUGAUUCAAUGUUUGUAUGGAGCCUGCUGAGAGAGUUCCGCAUUAGGAAAGUUCACAUGGCUGUAGUUCUGAACGAAUAUGGGGGAACAGUUGGUAUCGUUACUCUGGAAGAUGUUGUUGAAGAAAUUGUUGGUGAAAUCUUCGAUGAAAAUGACUCCAAAGAAGAGAUUCAGAGGAAAACUGGUUAUAUUGUAAUGAAAGAGGAUGGCACAUUUGAUGUUGAUGCAAAUACAUCAAUUGAUCAACUUUCAGAAGAACUGAAUGUCAAACUGCCAGAGGGUCAUCAGUACGAGACAGUAUCCGGUUUCAUCUGCGAGGUGUUUGGUUAUAUACCAGAAGAAGGUGCCAAGAUUGUUGUGGUGCUUGAGAAGGCAAACCGAGAAGAGAACAGUGAAUACAGAAAUGAAGAGUCAGAUGGUCCAAGCAGGAAUGAAAGACAUCAAAAAUAUGAAAUUGAGAUAUUGGAAGCUGAUGCAAGGAAAGUUGCUAAAGUCCAUUUUAAACCACUAAGUAAUCAAGGUGCAGAUUUGGAUGCAAAGGGCAUAAAUCGUGUAGUUUCCAAAAAGGUGGUCAAGAGGAAGAAGCAAAUUGAUCAACUACAGAGGUUGGAAGAAGACAAACCUCUCCAAGUCACAUUUGAUGAGAAGUUGAAGGGGUCAGACUGCUCUCUUAGUGAUAAUAAAGCAGAGGACCUCAGUUGUAGGAACAACUAGAAUAUACAUUGCACUCAAAUUUUGUUUACUCUUCUUGGAGAACCAAAGGGGGGGAAAAUGGGAAAAGAAAACUGACACCCCAUUCCAAUAUAAAUAAAAACCAAGGAAAUCUGGAUGCCAUGGACCAGAUGUGUGGAUGAACAGAGGUGAAGAGUAGUGUCAUCUGUUUUGUUGCUCAUAACUUCAUGGAGGACAGUGAACGAGCUGAUUACUAGCAAGAUCUUGAUGUUCUGCAACUCUCUGAUCAUCAUGGUUAUCGAGCCAACAGGACGGAGGAUCGCAGACCUAAAUUGCGGUGGAAGAACCAAUGUGUUAUGCAUAAUAUUCGGGUUCAGCCUCCGCUUUUUGAAAAACUGGUUUUUUUUUUUUUUUUCUCCUCUCAUCUCUUUAAUUUGCUGCUGUUUGGGGUUUUCUUGUGACAGAGCAGUGGAGGAUAUGGUUGGUUUGUUUUUGUGCCUCAUGAUGAAUUUGGUAGAUUUGCUGAUGUAACUGGCCGUGUGUACUAAAUGAUGUGGAGCGAGUAGAAUCCAUUGGCAUUGGAGGAGUGCAGAAUGUUAGGGAAUGUUUUUGUGGCCUGAGGAUUAAGGCUGAUGUGGAGCCUACGACCAUGCUGCUAGGGAGAUAAAGUGGAAGAGUAAUUCACAUGAAGCAUGAACGUGAGGAGUUGCAAAGGAGUUUGCAGAAGGUAUUAAUGUCACGUAAUGCAGUGUUCUCUUGUCCUGUUUUAGAGGCAGUUUCCAACCAAUGUCUCCAUCGCCAGGUCAAUUUGAUUGGGACUUUUAAACAGCAAGUCGAAGCCACGAACAAAUCCUGAUUGGAGAGUUUGUUUAUUGCGCCAGGUCUAUUAAGCUGUUUGUUAAGUUAUAUUUUGAUUCUCCGACAUGUGGAAAGAGUUUGAAGUUGAUUAGGGUUUCGAGUUUGUCAUAGGUUGACGUGUUUGGGGUCAGGGAUUUGAAUGAUGAUCUUGUAAGAAUUCUGUCGUGGCAAACCCAACAAAAACCCUUCUGAUGUAAACAAUUACGUGAGUCAUUCGAUCAUCAAUGAAUCAUGAGUUUGUGUAUAUAAAUAAUUAAUCAGAACAUGGUUGUGUAAUGAAUCAUGAGAAUCGAUCAGACUAUGUAUGAUUAUGGGGUAACAAUUCGUCAAUGUUAAGUUGGACUAUGGCUA